CGCUGGCUGUAACUUGACACCGGGGCGAGAGGCCGAGCGGAGAGAGGGAGCGAGAGCGGCGGCGGAGGAGGAGAGGAGCCCCAGGGAGCGGGAUGGUGACCACCUCCUUCCCCUCCCCUUAGCGGCGCUCCGUAGCAGCAGCAGCAGCAGCAGCCGCCGUAGGAGCGCCGGGGACUCUCGCCUGACGCGGAGCCGGGGACAGCCGGCGAUGGGGACGGGACGGAUCCCCUGAGCUCCCGGGAACUUUCCCGGCCGCGGGCAGCCGGAGCUGGGCAGGCGGAUGGAGGAUGCGCUUUCCCCGGCGGGCUGCGUGAGCCGGCGGCGGCGAAGGGGAGGAUGAAGAAGAAGGAGCAGCACGGCGGCGGGGAAUGCCCGGCGCCCUGGCCCCCCGCGGCGGCGGCGGCGGCGGCGGGAGGGGGCCAGGGCGGGGGCUUGAUGAGGCGGCGGCCCCUCUCGCUGCUGCCCUUCCUCUCGCUGCGCGACUACGUCUUCUGCAUGGCCACCCUGCUGCUCUUCUGUUUGGGCUCCCUCUUCUACCAGCUCAACGGGGGCCCCCCGCACUUUCUGCUGGCCCUGCGGCACUGUCUGGGAAAUUCCACUUAUCUGGAUGACCACGGACCACCCCCUCAAAAGGUACUUCCUUUCCCCAGUCAGGUGGUCUACAACAGAGUUGGAAAGUGUGGAAGUCGAACUGUGGUUUUGCUUUUAAGAAUUUUAUCAGAGAAACAUGGAUUCAACCUGGUUACAUCUGAUAUACAUAACAAAACAAGACUGACCAAAAAUGAGCAGAUGGAAUUGAUUAAAAACAUAAGCACUGCUGAGCAGCCCUAUUUAUUCACUAGACAUGUUCAUUUCCUCAACUUCUCAAGGUUUGGAGGAGACCAGCCCGUGUACAUCAAUAUUAUUAGAGAUCCUGUCAACCGAUUCCUGUCCAAUUAUUUUUUUCGACGUUUCGGAGACUGGAGAGGAGAACAGAAUCACAUGAUCCGUACCCCCAACAUGAGGCAGGAGGAAAGAUACCUGGACAUUAAUGUAUGUAUCCUUGAAAACUACCCUGAAUGUUCUAAUCCCAGGUUAUUUUACAUCAUACCAUAUUUCUGUGGACAGCAUCCAAGAUGCAGGGAGCCUGGUGAAUGGGCCCUUGAAAGAGCAAAGCUGAAUGUUAAUGAAAAUUUUCUGCUUGUGGGCAUUCUGGAGGAGUUGGAGGACGUGCUGCUUUUAUUAGAAAGAUUCUUACCUCAUUAUUUCAAGGAUGUGCUUAGCAUCUACAAAAAUCCAGAACAUAGGAAACUUGGCAAUCUGACUGUGACAGUGAAAAAGACCGUCCCCUCUCCAGAAGCAAUACAGGUCCUCUACCAACGCAUGAGAUAUGAAUAUGAGUUCUAUUACUAUGUCAAAGAACAGUUCCACCUGCUAAAGCGCAAGUUUGGACUGAAGUCUCAUAUCAGGAAACCGAGUCCCAGACCUGAGUUCUUCAUUCCUUCUCCCCUGGAAACAGAAGAACCAAUAAAUGAUGAGGAAGAAGAUGAUGAAAAGUGGCUAGAGGAUAUCUAUAAAAGGUGAUGGAUGGAAGAGCUAUCCUCUCUCUUCUGGUGACCCCUCCAGCUUUCUUAAGAUUUUUUUUUUAAUUAUUAUUAAAAGUGAUUCCUUAAGGAACUGAUUUAAUGCGCAGCGGAUUUGAAAUGGAACAAAAGAGAUCAUUCCCACAUGCUGGAGCCAUUGGGAGAUACCUGAUUUUGCAGGUUUGAUUCAUUAUACAGUGUUGGCUCUAUAGCAUCCUUCCUACAGCAUAGUUCAAGAGAGAAGUACCUACCGUCUGUCACAAAAUAACUUUUGGAAUACACAGUAGUCCUUUGUGAACUGCAGAAUACAAAAGAAUAGAUUAGGCAUUCAUGAAAAGCAAGUCUUAACAGAUUCUCAUCUCUCUCUUUGACCAUAAAAAAGUCUUCAUAGCAUAACACUGUGGCAUGAACUACAGGCAGUGAGCCGUUUCGGAGGAGUGCCUCUUUCUAUCCAAAGCACACUGAUAUCCUAGUGGUAUGGUCAGAGCCAUUGCUUUGUCUUCAAAUCCAAGGAUACCAGGCUCAGGAAGAGGCUAGGUAACAGCUCGUUGAAUUACCUGUGCCAGAGGAGUGAGGCUGCUGUUGUACCAAAUCAGUACUAGUGAGUGUAAGGCAAGCUACAGGAACCAGAUAUUUUUGGUAAAACCUUCUAGUUCAUAGAGUGGGAAAAUUACCAGGUCAGUGAAUGGCAACAACAAAUGUAAAGUGCCAAGCAGAGCUUUAUGUCAGCAGUUCAGUAUGUUUCUGUCAGACUCUAAAGGAAAAGGUGUAACAUGGGGUUUAUGUUCAAAAAUUGUAUUUGUAGAUUUUUAUUAUUCUUUCGGGUCACAAAUCCAAAGAGAUGCAGAAAAAGCUACUCAUUAAAAAGCUGGGGUGAUCUGGAGCUCCUAUUAAGCACGACCUCUAUUUCUGCAACUGCAGAAUUUAAUUGUUCACAUCUGAAUCUGAACGCAGCUUCCCCACCAGCACAAACACUAAAACUCCUGCUUUUAGUGUGGCUAGAAGGAAAAUUAACAAUAUGAGCAUACACAGCUUCUCUAGUUGAAAUAGUUCAGAAUCAUCAAACAAAGACAAGAAGAUGUGCUCUCCAAAACCAAAGCUGAUUCAGUGAUAGGUUUGAAAAUGAGUCACUGUGAAAGUUGCCCUUGUUAAUCACUACAAAUAUUAUCUGCCAACACUAGGAAAGGGAUCGGUGGAAACUGGUGAAAGAGAAGUAGCGCCACUGUGUGAGGUGCUGGAGUCAUUCAGGUGGGUGUUCCUGGAGUGGGAUUCCCUGUGAUGUGUGGGUGUGCUGGCUGUUGGCCAGCCUGCCAGCCCUGGAGGUGCAGGAGGGACAGACCCACAGACAGCCCUGGGCAGAGCUCCUUGGCCUUCUGCUACACAGCAGAAUAGGGGGAGUUUGGGGUCUUGAUGAGGCCUUGCCUCUUAUGCACCAUUGUUGCCAGAGAAAGCUGGACUAAGAGAGAAUAAGAGCAAUAAAUUCCUGUCCCCAGAGCACAGGAAAGAAGCAGGUACAAGAUGUUGCAGCUGCUUGCCAGGAUGAGGACAAUCCACCUCUGUCUAUUUCACAUUCUUUCUCAAACAUUUACCAGAAAAUUUUUGGUUCUUAUUCCACGGCUGCUUUCUGCAAGGCCAUACUUCAGUUCGCUACAUCAAGCAAAAGUUAUUUUGUGAUGGAUGAAGCAUAUAAACUCAGGAUCAGCUCAAAUGGGCUUUCCAAGGGUUUCCUCUUCCAUGAGCCUGCUGAGAGCCAAUAAAAAUUAUGAUCGAUCUUCACUCCUGAGUCUUUACCUGUACACAGAGAAUAAAAAUAAAGGAGAGUUAAGACAAGAUGCUAACUUACAGAAAAUACUAGGAAGAUUCUGUUCUCAUUAUUAACAUCCAGGUUGGUGGUAGCAAUGCACUACUGUGGGGGAGCACAUUAAAGAAAGCUGAAAAAGGCACAGAUAGUAACUAACAUAUUAGCUAAAAUAUGAAUCUGCUGCAUUGUAUAUUUUAAGUGGUUUCUAUGAAAUUACAUUGAAAGAGUAAUGAUUAGUUUACACACUGUGGAGUUGUUAUAUUUUGGAAAGAACUAGUAUUCUCAUGUUUCUGAAAUUCUGUUUCAAUUCUUUUUCUGCCAGUGUUUUAACAGAAUAUAGUCACUUAACACAUUCACCCUUCCUGAGAGUUCACUGCCACUUACAGUAAAGUCUGUUUCUAUCUGUUUGUUUAUUUAAUGGUACCUUCAGCCAUCACUACUUAUAAUCUAAAUACAGAAGCUGCUUCGUGAUUUACUCGCUAGGUUUUAAUAUUGUUGUAUUUUCGUAACAAUCAACCUGGCCUCUCCUCCUCAAAUGGUAGUUCUUAAAUUUAUCUGGCACAUAGCAUCUAAUAUUCCUGGUCCUAUGGCCUAUUUCUCUGUAAUUAAAUAUAUUUUGCUUAACUUUUAAAAGGUACGUUAUAAGCUGGUAAAUCUUUGACUUAUUUAUUGAAACUUUUCAGCACAUUCCAAAUUCUAAGUUGCUCAGGAAGAAGUUGAUUUAAGUAAUUAUAUUUGGGUCUGAUGAAUAUUUCUUAUUCAAAAAAAAUCACUCUUUGUAAGCCUUUAGUCCACAACAGCUUUGUAGAAAAUGCCAACUUGGAGAUCUUUCUGGGGGGAAAAAGGUGGCGGUUUAGCACUUACAAAAAUAAGAAAAUAUAUGUCUACAUUAGCUUAGCUAUAAAUGAAGCAACAUAUGUUUUGGAAUGAAAUCUUCUUUAACUUAUUCACUACUAUCUCCUGAAAUAUCAAUAAGCCAUAUGGUUCUUUAUUUUCCAGUCCAAUGAUGUUUAAAAAUAAAACUUGCACAUUUCUUCCUGGCGCCAUCGUCCUCUUCCUUACAGUAGUUUUCCUGCCUGGAUGCAGUGACUGUGGGGAGGAUAUUGGAGUUGCACCCAACAGAGCAGGGCAGGAUACAGCCUGGGGCAUCCUCUGAGGGUCAGACUGGUGCAGUGAGACUGGAGCAGGUUGCUCCUGGGUUAUUCCAUCUCCCAAGCUGUCCGGAGGUGUGAGCUGAAGUCUGAAUUGUUUUACUCACCUGAGAUGUGUGGUCAGUACAGUGAAGUACAUUGUCCAAUGUUCCAUGGCUGCUAAGUAGAAGUUUUAUCCAGGAGAGAAACAACUUAGUCUCCAUACACUUCAUUUUUACUAGAUACGGUAUUUGAUGGCCAGGCAUAAAAGCUUCAUUAGUCAGAGUGAUGUUACUAUGUAAGUGAAGUAUCAAUGCUUUCACAUUAAGAGAGAAUCAAUGGUUGUUAAAAGGCAGCAUUCUGGAAAAAAAAUAAAUUUUAGUCCUAAGUUUCAACUGACAAUGACAAAUUGUGCCAUUUUUUGUUUCUGUUCAAUUUACUUCUCUGCCACAUGAAUUUUGUUGGCGAUGCAGGGCUAAGUCCAAGUGUCUCAAAUGUUCUCUACUUGUAUGUAGAGAAGCAACUUGGCAGAACUGAAAGUACAUGAACCUGAUGGUGUAUUUAAAGCAUUCCAGUUUCUUUGCAGUUCUUUUAUCGUGGAUCUUGGAUGAAUCAUUUGAGUGUUAGGAUGUAAAAUGGUGCAUUGUAGCAUAAACACACAAGCAAAGCCACGAAUUUUUAAAUGUUGGAGAAUACAUCUGUGAAUUCAAGCCAUGGAAUUUUUCCUCCUUUCAGUAUGUGAUACAAUUAAUUGAAUGUACAGGUAUGUUUUUUGACUAGCAAAGGAAACCACACUGCAUGCCAACUUUUAUCCUCUUAUCAAAUGAAAAAACAUUGUCUGCCAAAGAAUAAAAUUCUACAUUCUUUUAAAAAAUAAA